UGGUCACGAAACUUCUCCGUAACGCUAUGGGAGAGCUUCAUAUGGGGAUCAAAGCUCCCGCGCGGUGGCGCUACGAGUCUGGUGAAGGCGGCUUGGACGGCGGCGGCCGCAUUUGCAGCGUUUGCAGUGCGUUGGAGCGCGAGCUUACUGGUUUGUUUGUUGUGUGGUAUAGCUGUCUACACUCAUCACGGACGGCAAACUAUGUGAACUACCAUGCCUCUGACGUGCUGCGUACCUGGUUGCCGCUCUGGCUAUCGGAGUUGUACAGAAAAAGCUUCGCUGUUCUGCCUCCCAAGCGACCGCGAACAACGCGACAGGUGGAAGCGAGCCAUUCCACGACAGGAGACGGGCGCUUUCAACUUCGAGUCGAAGGCCGUUCGUGUGUGCGAGAAACAUUUCGACACCACGGACAUUAUUCGAGCCGAUGAGUUCAGAAUAAGUGGACAAUCUGUGCUUCUGCAGCGCGAGAAGCCUAAGCUCCGCGUCGGUGCCAUACCCCGGAUAUUUGAAAACCUGCCGGCGUAUCUUACGAAGCCCAAGCCACGGUCGCGCUCACAGCGAGAAAAUCCGCCUGCAAAACGUCGUCGCGUUUCGUCGCCGAACAACGAUGGCACUGCAGCUUCUGUGAGCUCCAGCACAGAGCCCUGCGAUCCUGAAGCAGCCGGAGAUGAUGGUGGAGUGAUAAGCACUGGAAGCUGCACAGAGAUGGCAUGCCAGACAGAGGGAAAUGUCUGCUCCAUCUCAGAGCUCCACGCAGUUAAAGACCAGCUUCGAAGCACUAAGCAGCAACUUCGUUUGUGCCAAGUGAAGAUUGCGAAAUUGACAGUGCAAGCGAAUAGGAGCAGAAGAUCGCACCAAGACGUUCAGAAGCUUUCGGCUCGCGAGAAGCUCAUUUUUGACCACUGGCUCAUGAAAGCCAACGCGAAGUCUGCAACAGCUGCGCGGUACAAAAAAGAGUGGAUUUAUGACUGCUUGCUGCUAAAGAUAAAGUCCACAGCAGUCUACACUUUUCUUCAUGAAAAUGAAUUUUUGCCCCUUCCAAAUCCCCGCACCCUCUAUGGCUACCUCAGAAAUCUGAAAGCUGAUUUUGGCUUCGACAGCACUUUGUUCACGGUUCUGUGUGAAAAGCUAGAAGCAGUUCCAGAAAGAGAGCGUCGAGGAGUGCUCAUGUUCGAUGAAAUGAGCGUCAGAAAAAGCGUCCACAUUCGCGAGUCGGACAUGGCACUGCUGGGCAAGGUGGAUUUCGCCGAACACACACGACCAGGUGACCAUGGCAAAGACGGCGACCACGUGCUGGUCUUUCUGUUUCGGCCUUUUCUGGGAGGGUGGUCACAAACUGUGGGCACAUUUUGUGCUUCUGGUGCUGCCCCAGGAUCAAUCGUGGCGAAGCUCCUUUUGCAGUGCAUUGUUCACCUUACAAACGCUGGUGUUGUUGUUGACGCAGUGACCUGCGACAACUCCACAUCAAACCAAUCAGCCUUGAGAUCUCUGGGUGUCAACGGGGACAUGCACAAGCUUCAAACGUGUUUUGAACACCCGUGUGAGCCCUCAAAGCAAGUCCACGUUGUAAUUGAUCCACCGCACAUAUUUAAGUGCAUCAGAAACAACUUGCUCAAAGUGGGCAAGUUUUUGCUCCCUCAAGGACAGGAGGUGUUCCACUGUCACUACAAGGACUUACUGGACUAUGAAGAAGAACAGGCUGGACUCCGGGCUGUACCGAAGUUAACGAAAGCCCAUAUUUUCCCCAAUGCGUUCCAAAAGAUGAGCGUGAAGUUGGCUGUCCAGGCAAGUCAUGCACGCAGCUAUGUUCAGUGCAAAGUGUAUUUCAAAAACAUCUGCUCACACGUUUUGGGAAGUAAACUUAAAAUCCUUUUUUUCCACACAUUUUACAGCUGUUCAGUGAGAGUACUGCUUCGGCCAUGGAGUUUUAUAGCGAGCAGGAAGACUGCAAGAAGCUCCAUGGGUCGGCUGCAACAUCGCAAUUCACAAGAACAUUGAACAAGCUGUUCGACUGCCUGAACUCUCGGAGGCCAGACCAUGUUCGAUUCAACGAAGCACAACACAUUGCUGUGUUGAAGGACAGCAUUGCAUGGCUGGACAACUGGGAGAAAUACAUCAAGACAUUACCGACCCAGAGGCAAGUCUGCUUUCUGAGUAAGCAGACAUGUGGAGCCCUCAGACUGACACUGCAUAGCUCAGUUGCACUCAUCGAGAGCUUGCUGUUGUCUGGGUUUCGUUACGUUCUCGUUGGGAACUUCGGACAAGAUCCUCUAGAGAGGUUUUUCGGCAUCGUCAGGCAUGUUGCUGGUGACGGAGGGCAGCCGACUGUGCAACAUUUUUUGUUCAUCUAUCGGAUGCUCUCUGUAAACAACCUAGUUCGGCCGCCAAAACGGGCCUCGGUCGAGGGAGAUGGACCCCAGCUGUUGCUCAAGCUCCAGGGCCUCUUUGACAAGGGAAAACCUGCCUCCAGUCAGAUUGACAUGUUGGCGGUCCUCUUUGAUGACGUUCUUGAGGAGCCGGGAGAGGCAGUGAACAAUGCAUCCGUGCCUGACGUUACGCUCUCCACCAAAGAGUGCAUUCUUGAUUAUCUUGCCGGUUACGUGGUAAAGAAGUUUUCAACGAUAAGCUGCACUGACUGCGUGGGAACACUCAAGAGCCAGACACGAGAGCCAACUGACCUAAUCCAGAAGAAGUCAAGAGGAUUCCUGCAAGUGCCCUCAUCCCAGCUUCUCAGCCUGUUGCGCAUUGUGGAAGGACAUGUUGAAGAACUGACUGUGGACACAGUUGCAUGUGCCGAUGUGUAUGCGAACAUUGUUGACCAAGUUUUGCUCGACAGCCGCAUUGCUUCUGCUGGUGUGGGCUGUAGGUUGCACUAUGUGGGUACCACAGCAGAGGUUGUUCAUUUUUUCUUGAGGUGCCGCCUGCACUUUUACACCAGGGAAAAAAACAAGCUGACACGAGCGACGCGGCGAGCAAACUGCCCAGCAAAUGGUGGCAACAAGCCCCAUGGGUAGCAGAUGUUCUGUUUGUCAUGCUAUGUAAAGCCCAACUGUUGUGUUUUGUGUUUGCUAGUGACAAAAAACACUUGCACAUUUGUGUUCCUAGUUGCUUGUGUGACGUUGUUUAUUUCCUUUAUCCGCCAUGCUAUUGCCGUAAACUUGUAUGAAUAAACACUUGCACCACAGCC